UGAAAAAGACCAAAAAAAAAGUCUUCAGUGUUUGGCUUUGGCUUUGGCUAAUUCUUUUUCCUCAAGAAACCCAAUUCAUAAUUCUUAUAUAAAUUACCCCAAUUCAUUCAUAAUCACUCUUACUUCUGAUUUAGGGUUUCAUAAAAAAGAAAAAAAGGAAAGAAAUGGGGGCAAUUUCACUUAAUUCACUUCCAUUAGGUUUCAGAUUCAGACCCACUGAUGAAGAGUUGGUUAACUAUUACCUUAGAUAUAAGAUCAACGGCCAUCACAAAGAAGUUAAAGUAAUUAGUGAGAUUGAUGUUUGUAAACGGGAGCCGUGGGAUUUGCCUGGUUUAUCAGCCAUUCAGACGAAUGAUCCAGAGUGGUUCUUCUUUUGCCCGCAAGAUAGAAAGUACCCAAAUGGGCAAAGAUUGAACAGAGCAACAAAUGCUGGGUAUUGGAAAGCAACUGGGAAAGAUCGGAAAAUAAAAUCGGGAAAUAAAUUAAUUGGGAUGAAGAAGACCCUUGUGUUUCAUACUGGACGAGCUCCAAAGGGGAAGAGAACCAAUUGGGUUAUGCACGAGUAUCGUCCAACUUUGAAGGAUCUUGAUGGCACUUUACCUGGACAGAGCCCUUUUGUGCUUUGUCGUUUGUUUAAGAAACAAGAUGAGAGUGUUGAGAUUGAAGUUGGAGUUGAAGGUGACGGUGAAGCUGCCAUGUCAUCUCCCGAGAAGGAGUCUGAGUUUCCUGUUUUGGAAGUUAAACCUGAAAAUAACCCCAUAAUUGUUGAGUCUUCGCUUGCUGCCGGAACUACUUCUGAUGUUCGAGUGGUCGAAGAAGAAACUGUUACUGGGAUGAAAGAUGAAGACUUUGAUGAGUUAAAUGCGCUAAUGUGGGAGCCACAAGAGUGUAUCCCCUUUCCCCCAUUGUACUCACCCAUGCCAGGGGAGAUACAAUCUUCUUAUAUGCCUUGCACAGUCAAUGAUGAUUAUGAAAAGAAUGCUUAUAUUUCUCAGUUCUUGGAUUCUAUUCUUAAUACUUCAGACGAUUAUUCAACCAUUGAAAGUGAGACCCCUAAGAACAUGCCCCUUGUUAAGGACAGUGGAUCUUGCAGCGAGUCAGAUGUAGAAGUAGGCCAAUCAUUGCCUGAGGCAGAAUUUCCUAAUUCAUUGUGGUCUGAGGCUGCUCAUUUUAAGAUGGAAAGACCUCCAGAAGAUUACAGAAGUCUGACAAACCAGUGUUUCUUAGAGCCUGAACCUUUCAAACAGGAUGUUUUCUCAUCUGGUUCUGCCGCUGGCCAAUCUUAUGAUCGUUACAAUAAAUUAAACAAUCAGAUGGAUGCAAUCGGCAGCAAUGACGUUGCUGGAACUGGAAUCAGGAUUAGGACACGCCAACGACAGAGUAAUCAAAAGAAUGAUGGCUCGUUAACUCAGGGCACUGCUUCAAGAAGAGUACGGCUGCAGAGUAAACUUCAAGUUGGGUCAGUGGUUUACAAGGAGUCAGGAGCUGAAACCGACAUGCUAGAGGAAUAUGAAUCAAAACCCCUUGUUAGAGAGGGAGUAAAAGCUGCAGAAAAGUCAAGGGAAAACAGUAAUAUUUCUGAAGAGCUUACUACAAUUGAUAGACCUGAUGGAAAAUUGAAUGGCAGCGUUUCAACGGAUAGUGAAAUUUCAAAGGCUUUUCGAGGCCGUCAGUCACUUGCAGUUUUGUUUAGGGUAGCUGCAAUUAUAGUAAUGUUCUCAGUCUUGGUUAGCACAUUCAGGGGUCUUGAUCUUAAAUUAUAGUUCUGCAUAGAGAGAUCUUAUCCGUGUGUAUAGUCUGCUAUUUACUUCUUUUUUUUGGGAUUUACUA